GAGAGGUGGCAUGCAGAUCUUCGUGAAGACUCUGACUGGAAAGACCAUCACUUUGGAUGUCGAACCAUCAGAUACGAUCGAGAAUGUGAAGGCGAAGAUUCAGGAUAAGGAGGGUAUUCCUCCUGAUCAGCAGCGUCUCAUUUUCGCCGGCAAGCAGCUGGAGGAUGGCAGGACGCUUUCCGAUUACAACAUUCAGAAGGAGUCUACCCUUCAUUUGGUGCUGCGUUUGAGAGGUGGCAUGCAGAUCUUCGUGAAGACUCUGACUGGAAAGACCAUCACUUUGGAUGUUGAGCCAUCAGAUACUAUCGAGAAUGUGAAGGCGAAGAUUCAGGAUAAGGAGGGUAUUCCUCCUGAUCAGCAGCGUCUCAUUUUCGCCGGCAAGCAGCUGGAGGAUGGCAGGACGCUUUCCGAUUACAACAUUCAGAAGGAGUCUACCCUUCAUUUGGUGCUGCGUUUGAGAGGCGGCUGCUGA